AUGGUAGUAUGUGAAAGAGUUGCUAGGCUCGUUGAGGAUUGCAACAAGUAUGCUACGAGAAUUUAUGCACUCCCCAGCAAGAAGAAACCAAGCAGCCCGAAAAUUUGGAUUCCCCCUCCUGAUGACUUUGUGAAGGUGAACUGUGAUGCUUCUUUGAAAGAUAGUGGUUGGGUUGGUCUCAUUCGAAACAAAGAUGGUGAGGUGUUAUUUGCAGGCACACGAAGAUGCAGGGGUAGCUGGCCACCGGAGAUCGCGGAGUGUAAGGCUGUCUUAUUUGGGAUAAAACUAGCAAGCCGCUAUGGGUUUAAGAAAGUCAUCAUUGUAUCCGAAAGUCAAAUUAUCAUCUCUCGCCUCUCAAAAGCAGUCACUUAUUUUACAGAUUUAGAUUCCAUCUUAGAGGAUGUGCUCUCUAUUUGUAGUUCUUUUUAUUAUGUUAAUUGGUCGCAUGUGCGUAGGGAUGGGAAUGCUGUUGCCCAUUACCUUGCUAGUUUAGUACCAUUUGGUUGUGAAUAG